GAAGCCCACAUAGGCGGCAUCAUCAGCAGUCAAAGGCAGACAUCCGGGAGUCGACUGAAGAGGGAGAAAUAUGGAAGCACGGCCGCCGAUCUGGGAAAGAGAGAUGUAGCUGCAAAAAUGCCGUCCCAUCGCAUCUCCUGUUUGCUCUUGUUCCUGUCGGUUUGGGAGGCGCUGGCCAAAUCUCUGCCGGAUCAGGGAGCAUUUGAGGUGCAAAUAAAAGUCCAGGUUUUUGACAACAGCGACCUCUCACCGAUAGCAGGCGCUCAGGUAGAAGUUCAAGGGAAUCAGACGCUCUUGGCAUCCAGCCACGCAGGCACCGAUGGUGUGGUGAGAGUCAGCUUCCUGUACAGAGCAGGCACAUGGGUCAUCAUUACAGCCUCCAAACAGGAUUACAUCACCAACUCGGUGCCCUGGCACUCCAGUCGCAUCCCACUGUACGCCUCAGUCAGCCUAUACCUCCUCGUUGAGAGGCCAGGAACUCUCAUCCUGUACGAUGACAUCCUGCAGGUGUUGUCCGGAUCACCAGGAGCUCGUAACCAACCGCUGGUUCAGCUGCAGAGGAAGUCCAUUCAGCUGCCUCCCAGCUCCAACUACACAGCGCUGUCUGCGGCUCUGACCACGGCUAGAAGUCAGUAUGAGAUCGGUGGGUUCCCAUUUCUUUUGGGUCAGGAGACCAACAGCUCAGGUGCAGAAACGGGAUGGACAGACUUGACAGCGCUGGCAGUGGUCAGCAUUCAGCUGUUUGAUAAAGAUGGGAGUACAAUCCAGGUGUCUGAUCCGAUCCACAUCUCUGUGCCGCUGCCGUCUGACACCCAGAACAGGAUGGCCACAAGUGUCCCUACUUGGCUGUAUCAGCCAAAGACGGGAUUGUGGGUUCGGAAUGGGACCGGCUAUAUAAGAAAGGAAGGGACGCAAUUUGUUUGGAAUGCUGUGGUUCCUCAGAUGGGAUACUGGGUAGCUGCCUUUCCUUCAUCUUCAGGUUUUGGUCUUUCUCAUCCAGGUUUGAGGGAUAUCACCACCUACCACACCCUCUUCCUCCUGUCCAUCCUGGGUUCAUUGGCUCUGCUAGUACUCAUCCUUCUUUGUGUGCUGCUCUACUACUGCAGACGGAAAUGCUUAAAACCACGACGACAUCAAGGCAAACCCCACACAUCCAAUCUAAACGGUGCUAAGAGAGACCAGGGAACAUCAACUUCACGUCUGAAUCUGAUCUGUGGAGGCCAUGUGGAAUCAGGCCCCUCAAAUGACAAAUCUGAUUUGUCUCCAUCUCGAGACUACCAGAGUUCAAGAGAAGAGCUGACUAAGCAUGUUCCAGCUCACAUGCUACGACAUGCAAAAGGGAAAAACACCUUGGGUUCCCAGCGGGGAGAGAGCUUUCCCAUGAAGGUUACACGUGCCACCGAGACCAACAACCUGGACAACCCUUUACUACAUGAAGACUACAACCGAACUUACAGCCCCAAGGAGAGCAAGGAGUCUGAGUAUCACAGACAUCAUAAUGCCAAUGACAAUCGUGGAUACUCGUCUGAUCCCCCAUCUCCACCUCGCUUCCAGGGCUACGUACCAAGUCAAUCUGACAAACCUCCAGAAUAUUCAGCUACAGCAGCAGACGGCCUUGCCAGACCCACCUCUCUUAAUACCCAGCCAGGUCAAAUCAUCUUCUGCAGCUCCAUCGACCAGAUGAAGGAGAACAUGUACAGGAGCAUGGUGCCAACCCUGGUUAUCCCAGCACACUACAUGCGCCUACCGUCUGAGUUCUCUGGUAAGGAUGGGAAGGAUGGGAAGGAUCAAGAUAAAGAUGGGACACAGAUGGGAGGAGGCCAGCAACAUCACCACCACCACUCCCAGAAACAAGGCCAGCAGCAGCAGCAAGGCGGAUCUCAGGGCGACGACUGUGAGGAACCAAGCUGGGCCUCGGACUCUUCUGGUGGAGCUGUGACCAUCCCUGUGCUCUUCAACGACUCUACCAUGGCUCAGAUGAAUGGAGAACUGCAGGCUCUAACAGAGAAGAAGCUACUGGAAUUGGGUGUUAAACAGCACCCACGAGCAUGGUUUAUCUCCCUGGAUGGACGCGCUAACGCUCACGUUCGCCACUCCUACAUCGAUGUUAGCAAUGACCUCAGCGGCGGCGGAUUUGGAGGUGGCUCCAGUAGCGCUCAACGAGAUGUGAACCUUGAGCCGCCUCUUGAAUCCCAAGAGAGAAAAUCGGCUGGGAACCGUAAGGGAAAGGAUGAGCGCUGGGCAACAGGAGGACGCAAGGGCCAUGGUGUCAGCAGCAGCGGUGGUGGUGGGAAGAAUUACUCCAAACUUGCUUACCCUGACCACAGCGAGCCCAGCAGUAGUGAGGGACGCCCAGUGUCACCUGAAGAGAAUUCCCUCACUCCCCUUCUAGACGAAGGGUCGUCUUCACGUGGAUCCACCAUCCCCAGAAGAGGUCGCAGCCGAGGGAACAGCAGUCGCAGCAGCAACAGCGAGAAUCGUCGCGACUCCAUGACAAGCCCUGAGGAUGAUCCCGAUGACAAAGAUGAGAAUAAGAAGAGCCCCUGGCAGAAGAUUGAAGACAGACCUCUCAUGGUGUUCCACCCCAGGAAGUGAGCUUUUCAAACUUAGUGAACACUGGAUCUUUAAUGAGCAUUGAGUGGGAGUGAAUGUUCCCUUCAGAAAGAUCCAAAAAAGCACAACCACUGCUUCACUGGUCCACUUUCUGGUAGUCGUUUGACCUUUCUGAUGAUCAUCUCAGUUGACCCGCUGGUUUUUGCUGAUUCUGUCCAGUUUAUUGUGCAUCCUAUAACAUCACUGAACCAUCAUCUGAGCCAUCCCUUAUUCUGACUGGGGAAAUAGCCAUUUUGUUGAGCAAAAUACAAUAAUAAAGCACUUGAACAUUGAUUAGCUAAUAGUUAAUUGAUACUUACCAAAUGUAACCACACAUAUUGCUUGUUUUAUGGGAUUUGUUUGUAUGUAGCUGAAUUAAAUCCCUUAUAUUGUUUCUAAAUUCACACAAACUCUCACUCUUGUUCUAAAUAGUGAUUAUGAAAGGAUUGUAUGAUGGAAACCGCUUCGCAAAGUUUGAACAAGUUUGAAAUGUGUCGUGUUUUUCUGAAGCACCUGUGAACAGAUAAUGUAGUUCAUUUACUUUACUCUUUUUAAGAAGAAAUCAUUUCUUCUUCCUCCGUUACUGUGUUAAUGUAUUGUGGUUUCUUAUUUAAGCCGUACUGAUUUGAAAUUGUAAGCAAAAUCUUUAAGUCGGCCACUGACUUAUCACAGUGAUGUACUAUACAAUUUUGCCAAAAUGUCUGCCUGUCUCCUGUUGAGAUGUCUUUCGGCCAGCAGAAACUUUUUGUGUAAAUAGACCCUGAGACAUUUGAGCUACCAUUUGUUAUAAGAAGAUUGCAUGCAUAUGAAUGUAUGAAGUUAAGAAAAGGCACUAAAAGCCCCCCACCCUACUGUACUUUAGGCUCCUGUGUAGCCACUUCCUAAUCGCCGCAAAACGUCUGCAACUCAGCAAAACCACUAAUUUACUUGAAGAUUCACUGCUGAGAUCCACACAGUGGUGUGUAGACAGGGCCUGUACCACUUCUCUCCUGCAAGUGCCUUCUCUGACAUAGAAUCAAGUGAUUGGCAUGGUCUUUAAAAUGCAGUUAAUUGUCACGUAAACCACGCUGUCGAGCUCGACAUGCUCUAAUAAGCACACUGCAUUGAGGUAACAACGUGUGACACUGGGGAGCAUGCCUGCCAAAUCUGACAGCUUUUCCUGUGGUUGUUCUAUCCUUGGAUAUCUAACUUCCUGUAAUUAUCCUGUUUUUCACCAAACUUGUAAAUGUUAUGAAUUCUAUGAGAUUUUAUGUGUAUAAAACAUGCAUGUAACUUGUAGAAUAGGUUGUUUUUAUUGAAACCUUUUUGAACAUGAUAAUGAGGAUAUUUGGCACAAAACAUGAAUCACAGUUGCACUGAAUUCUGUUGCCAAAUAGACUUAGUUGUUUGAAGAUACACUGACUUUUCUCCCUAAAGAGAUAGUUGUUUGCUUUUUUUGGUGGCAUUGUGUGGAAAACUUUGGAGAUGUACUAUCUUGCCGUGGACAUGCCAGAGCAAAGAUCGCUUGAAAAAUCUGAGAAAUUCUCUUAGAAAAGUCAAGCUAACAGUUAUUUAGUGUCAGGCCAUAAAGUACUUAGAGUCGAGCUAACUGUAACAAAUGCUAACAAGUAAUCAGAGUUAAGCUAAGUGCUAAUAGGAGUCAAGCUAACCAAAACUAAUGCUAACAACUAUUCAGAGUUAAGUUAAUAGCUAGUUAAAGUCAGGAUUACAGCUUCUUCAAGUUAAAGCCAACAGCUACUCAGACGUCAAAGCUUCUCAGGCCAUAUUCCGAGUAACCGUUGACUUGACAUGAAAUAGCUGUUAGCUUGAUUUCGGUUUUUUUUCCUGAUUCCCCAAAUUGAGGUGGGUUUUAGUGCUUUCUACCACAGGUAAGAUAGUGACUGCAUCCACCUACUCUGCACAACCCCACUUAAAAACUGUCUCUUUAGUCUUGCUGUAACAAAACUUACUUCCGGUCAUAAAUGUUUACAAGAACAACAUACUGACCAACAUGCUCCCACUGUUACGAGCAUCACUGCCUAUGAUUCAUCAGCAACUGUGAACUUAAGAAAAAUAAUGUUUUUGUUGUCUGUUGCAGAGUAAUCGACUGAAUAAAUAAAAAUGUUGGGAAAGUCAUGCUGGAGUGUUUUCACCAUCCGCUUGCUGUUCAUAAGCCAGUCACUCAACUACAGUACAAAGAGGAAAUGCGAUGUAAUUCUAAGGGAUAAGCACAAUAAAAUGAUUCUAGCUGACUUAUGUCAUUCACUUUGGUAAAUGUAAAUUUUUUUUUUUGUAUUUGGACGAGUUUUGGAUUUUUUUUAUAAAGUGUGAAGUUGUGGUUUUAUUUGCCAAGUUUUCUUUUAUACAUAGGUUGUUUUUUUUAGCCAAGUGAAAUUGUAUCUCAGAAAGACUACUAGUGAUUCACGCAACUGAAUCCCCUGUGUAGACAUUUUAACAGUGCAGUUCGCUUGGUUGAAUUUUACCUGUGCAUAUGAGGGUGAGGUCAGAACUGUAGGCUGUCAUCCUGUGCACUAAAUCAUUUGCUUCAUAAACCUGGUCAGUUGUUUGUUAACUGUAAAAUGUAUCCUUUCUGUACAUUAGAUAUAAGAUACAAAUAAAUUUGUUCUCACAGUC